GCCUCGGCUCUCACUGCUCAGUCCGGGGUAUACCUCGGUGUUACCAUUAACAUUACCGCCGGCAGAACAUGGACAAACGAUCCUUACUUGGACCUCACUGAACCUGCCAUCGAAACAUUAUCGACUUCGAGCUCGUCUUUUAAUUUUCAACAAGUCAAAACCUGGAGCAUCACAUAGCGCAAUGACAGCGGCCGCAAAGCGACGCCUUCAGGCGCUCAGCCAGCAACUCGUCGAAGGUAUCCCGGAUGCUGGUACAUUUGAGGAUAUUCCACGAAUUCGCACGGUUGCUUCAGAUUCAGUUGGGCCGAGAGUGAAGGAUAAAGUGGCAAUCGUAACAGGCGCGAAUUCUCCGAUCGGCAUUGGACGAGCGAGCGCACAUCAAUAUGCUCACAAUGGUGCCAAGGCUGUAUACUUGUGUGACUACGACGAAACAUAUCUCCCCACGCAUAAACGAGAAAUCGAGUCGCUUUAUCCCGGUGUGGAUGUGCAUAUACGGCAAUUCGAUGCGGGCGACGCAGCCUCUGUCAAGGCAGUCGUAGAUGAUGCGAUUGCGCGUUAUGGACGAUUAGAUAUCAUGUUCGCCAACGCUGGUAUUAUUGGCACACCGACGAUUUUUACCGCGAUAGAGCCGGAGGAUUUCAUGAAUACACUACGAACUAAUACACUCGGUGUCUUUCUGGCCGUCAAAUACGCUGCGCCAGCCAUGCAAAUCACGUCUGAAGCGAAACCGUUCCCUGGCGGAUCUAUCAUCUGUACUGCAUCCGUCGCAGGCAUCCGCUCUAAUGCAGGUUCUACCGACUACUCAGCAUCCAAGGCCGCUGUGAUCAACAUUGCCCAAACUACGUGCUACCAGCUCUCUGGCACGGGCGUGCGCGUCAACGCCAUCUGCCCGGGCGUUAUCGAGACCGGGAUGACCAAGGUCAUGUAUGAUGCUGCUCGUUCUCGGGGCACACAGAGAAAGAUCGGCCAACUCAACCCGCUGCAGAGAGGAGCAGUGUCAGAUGAAGUCGCCCGGGUUGCGCUUUUCCUCGGCAGCGACGAGAGCAGCUAUAUGAACGGACAGGCGGUGACUGUGUGCGGCGGGCUCAGCGCUGGACAUCCAUUUGUUCCUGGAAAGUUGGGUUGAUCUAAGCCAUGUUGAUGUGUAUAUAAGAGCUUAGCUUUGUUUCGUACAAAAUGUUGAAAUUCAUCAAGCUGCUGCUGGGAUUUGUUAUAAUUGUCAUUGAUUAGUAUUGCUAGUACUGCCAGGAUUGUAUAGCUUCUUGUUGUUGUUGCUGUGUGGGGAUGGACAUGUGACCUGCAGCUGGCACGUCAUGGUUUCCCUCUGCA